AUGAAUGAGUCGAAUGAGGCCAGUAAGUUGACUGGUUGGUGGUCAUGGUGGGCUUCUCGGAACCCUGGCGAGCAGCAGGUGACUUUACAACAAGAUACUACCCUUUCAAGCGCCCAGGCUGAAUCAACUGCUGCUCCAGAUUCACCAAAUAGUAUUCAACCGACAGUAGGAACCCCACAAGCUUCCGCAAAUGAUACUGGCGAAGAAGUUCCUAUUUCUGACAAUGUGAAUGGAAGUUGGUAUAAUAGCAUAGUGUCGAAAGUUUCCUCGAUUGGUAUUUUGAACAGCCGUAACGACGAUCUGAACAUUGCAGCAGGUUCUCACUACUCUCAACUCACUGAAUCCCAGAUUAAACGGUUAGGAGAAGAUGCUAUACAAAAGGUCGCACAGCGCACAAAUACCUGGUGUUGGUUUGAAAACUUGACUAGGAUAAAUGAUGACACUAAAAGAUGGUCAGAGAGAUCGGGAGUUAUUAGUGUUCAUGGCACCGGGUCUGAACAUUGUAUUCUGCCUUUGAGGAAAUAUCCUAUUCCUGAUAAAAAUCCAGGUUACAAUAUUUAUCUACGAGAUUCCUUGAUCAUUCCUUCUAGCUCUCCUCUAGAAGUGUUGCAUACUCAGAGUCUACCUAGCAAAGUGGCAAUGACAGUCAAGAAUUACUACAAUUUCCCCAACGAAAGACACUUAUACCUAAAAAAGAACACUGAUGGCAUAUUGCGAAGUAAAAAAGUAUUGAUUAUCUCGGUUGUGGGAAAUUUGCCAGAGAAAUAUGAGAAACAGUCAUUGGGAGAACAGCGUUCCGCGUACUAUCUCUCUAGGAAAUUGGCCCAGUCGAUAGAGCACGAAGUGCCGUCCAGUAUCUUCUCUCUGUCAUUAGAAUGUCCUCUUGAUAGCAAGGAUAUCGAAACAGUAUUUACGGAAUCAACUGCCCUUUUAAACAACUGGAAGCAUAUUUUUGCUGAGGUUUCGUCGAUAUUUUUCGUUAGUGUAUAUCACAGCGUCCCAUUGGCAAUAUCUUUGGCAAAACACAUUCUAGAGAAUCAUCAAUCUUUACAGUUUGAUGCUACGAUUCCAGUAGGCCUUUUAGCAAUUGAAUCGAACCUGCAAGGUUACAGAUUUUGGGACCACAGCAGUGAUGCCAUCAAUGUUGAUGAGCAGAACUAUCAAAAGAUGCAGCAAGCUAAGGAGAAGCAGUUAUUUCAAGGUGUGGGCAAAAAUGAAAGAGAGAUACUAUCCAAUAUAAGACAUUACAGAAAGCUCGACUCCAAAGAGUCGAAGCGAGUGCAGCAUGAUCUGGACUGGUUGUUGUACCAUUGGAGUUCUUUCAGACUCAAUCUUUUCGGCCGAAUUUACGACAACUUUAUGACUGCAACUCAAAAACUGGCUGUCAAUUACUCACAUCCGAAAAUAAUUAGAAAUUUGUGGUGUGACGGUAGGUACCUCGGUCAUGAUCUAAAGCAUUUGGACAAGUUGGGUGUACCUGACGUUGACAUCAAAACACCAAAUUUUGAGUGUGCUAUUCAAGUUCCUCAAAAUCGUCUAUUCGAGAUAACGCUUCUCAAUGACAUACUUUUAGCAUUGAAUUUAGGACACACAAAAUUCGUUCCGAUUCUAAAAUUACUGAGUCCCUACUUCAUAUCUCGAUCUUUCAAUGAGUAUACGGUGUCUCCAAAUCUCAGAAAGCAAACCCAGAGUGAACUUAAAAGCUGGCUACAAGAUAUGGAUGUUAAAUGGAGGACGACCAACUCUUCAAAUCAACCACAUGAUGAGCUCCCAGAGACUGUCUCUAGCGUGCAUAAAUUUUUGGAAUUUGCCCUUUACCAUGAUACUAGAAACCCUGAGCUUGUGAAGUUCCAUUCAGAUAUCUACGAUGACGACAUGGUUUACAAGAAUUUCAUUGAAAAUACGCUCAAGACAAGAUCCCCACUUAUCGAGAAGCAUUUAGCAUUGCUGAGCGAUCAUUCUGGUCCACAAAGCAUAUUAAACACAGUGAACCAGUAUGAUUUGGUAUGGAAGUUCCACGAAUUUGUCUCUGAUUACGCCACACUAUACAAUCUUCCUCGCCAGCAUUAUCCACCGGAGCUCACGUUCAGCAUAUCAUUAGACUAUUCUCACUGGCAGCCAUCUUACGCUGAUCCCACCAUGUUCCAUAGAAAUAAUCAGGAAGCUAUUAAUCGUCUAAAACAAAUCUGGGUGUCUUACCAGGACUGGGAUCCACCUACAAGAGGCUUGAAACAACUCAAGAACAUUCUCAGUGUCUUGUCAUUAUAUAGCGAAGCAUCUCAGCUUUUACAAGAUAUAGUGGGUAAAUAG